AUGCUUAGAAACAACAUUCGUCGUUAUUCGAUUAAAAAUAUACCAUUUGAGGCACAACCUAAGAAUAAGUAUAAUGCACAAAGAUCAGCGUUUAACUUAAAGCCAGUGCCAACACAAGGAUUAGUGCACAAUCCACCAGCAUCCGUUCCAAUCGCCAGAAACACUCCUAAAGCAUUUUUACCACCCAACGAUCCAAGAUUGCAUAAACUCGAAGGGAAAUACAAGACUUACAGUGCAGAUGUAUUGGAAGAUAUGCCAGUUAUAUAUGGUAUGGCCAAGGAAAAAGACUAUAGCAUGACAGCCGAAACUGCAAGAGAGAUUUUGAAAUUGAGAACCGAAGACCCUAGCAAAUGGACCGUAUCCAAGUUAGCCAAAGAAUUCAAUGUGUCUAAACAAUCGGUUAAUGUAGUGACCAUGAAGAAUGAGAAAAGAGGUGAAGAAGUGAUAAGUCAAUUGGAAGUCUUACAGGAAAAGUGGACGAACAAUAAGCUUAUGAGCAGAAACGAUAGAAGGAAGAGAGUGCAAAUGUGGUUGAGAAACGAAUAUUAA